UGUCUGUCGCGUUGAUGACGUGUACUUUUCAUGAGGUAAACAUUCUGCGCCGCCAGAUGAUACGAAGAUAUCAAGGAUGGGGACCCAAGUAAAAGAUGUAGUGAUCAAGUCUGAUGCCCCCAGUGCUCUACUGUUGGACAAGCAUGCAGACUAUAUUGCUGCCUACGGCUCCAAGAAGGAUGACUAUGAGUACACCCUGUCAGAGUAUCUGCGGAUGUCAGGUAUCUACUGGGGCCUGACGGUGAUGGACUUGAUGGGUCAGCUGACCAGGAUGAACCAACAGGAGAUCUCUGACUUCAUCAAGUCCUGUCAGCACGACUGUGGAGGCAUCAGCGCCAGCAUUGGACACGACCCACACGUCCUCUACACGCUCAGUGCUGUACAGAUCCUCUCGUUGUACGAUAACGUGAACGUGCUGGACGUGGACAAGAUGGUGGAGUACGUCAGAGGACUGCAGCAGGAGGAUGGCUCGUUCGCUGGAGACAAAUGGGGGGAGAUAGACACACGAUUCUCUUUCUGUGCUGUCGCAACACUCGCAUUGCUGGGUAGGCUGGAUGCCAUUAACAUGGACAAGGCUGUGGAGUUUGUUCUGUCCUGUAUGAAUUUUGAUGGAGGGUUUGGCUGCAGACCAGGAUCAGAGUCUCAUGCCGGACAGAUCUACUGUUGUACAGGGUUCCUGUCUAUAGCAGGUCAGUUACACCAGGUGAAUGCUGACCUGCUGGGCUGGUGGCUCUGUGAGAGACAGCUUCCCUCGGGAGGUCUCAACGGACGCCCUGAAAAACUGCCUGAUGUAUGUUACUCGUGGUGGGUGCUGGCCUCCCUGAAGAUCAUUGGUAGAAUCCACUGGAUAGACAAGUCCAAGCUGAGGUCCUUUAUUUUGGCCUGUCAGGAUGAGGAGACGGGGGGCUUUGCUGACCGACCAGGAGACAUGGUGGACCCAUUCCAUACUCUGUUUGGCGUAGCAGGCCUGUCUCUGCUGGGAGAGGGUCAGAUAAAGGACGUCAAUCCUGUUCUCUGUAUGCCUGAAGACGUGUUGGAGAGGCUAGGCUUGCACCCAGACCUCCUCAGCUAGCUCUUCACUCAUCUACACACACCAGGGUCGACCUCUCCACCUCCCCACCCUGUACCCCUUCUCCUCCCCACCCUGUACCCCUUCUCCUCCCCACCCUGUACCCCUUCUCCUCCCCGGGACACAGGGCUCAGGAGACGGGUGGUUUAAGGGGGACAGACUAGUGUUGUGUAUAGAGGAAGGCAGUAGUUCCUCCCAAGGACAUUUUAAAGGCUUGAUAGUUUGCUGUCCAGUAAAUUGUCACGAAGCGUCACGUCCCUUGUCUCUCUUGGGUCCUGGUCCUCUACACCUCUUGUCUCUGCAGCUAUAGUCUUUAACAGGUCAUCUAGCAGUAUGUCAUGACAACGUUUACACUGUCUAAUAUAGCACCCUAUUUCCUAAUAUAGUGCACUCGUUCUGACCAGGGCUGUCUAAUAUAGCACCCUAUUCCCUAAUAUAGUGCACUCGUUCUGACCAGGGCUGUCUAAUAUAGCACCCUAUUCCCUAAUAUAGUGCACUCGUUCUGACCAGGGCCCAUAGGGGAAAAGGGUGACCUUUUUGGACACAACCCAGGAAGGACACAUCACUGCUGGUUCUCCACUCCCCUGGUAGUUAAUGUAUUGAUCGUUCACUCCCCUGGUAGUUAAUGUAUUGAUCGUUCACUCCCCUGGUAGUUAAUGUAUUGAUCGUUCUCUCCCCUGGUAGUUAAUGUAUUGAUCGUUCACUCCCCUGGUAGUUAAUGUAUUGAUCGUUUACUCCCCUGGUAGUUAAUGUAUUGAUCGUUCUCUCCCCUGGUAGUUAAUGUAUUGAUCAUUCUCUCCCCUGGUAGUUAAUGUAUUGAUCGUUUACUCCCCUGGUAGUUAAUGUAUUGAUCGUUCACUCCCCUGGUAGUUAAUGUAUUGAUCGUCCACUCCCCUGGUAGUUAAUGUAUUGAUCGUUCACUCCCCUGGUAGUUAAUGUAUUGAUCGUUUACUCCCUGGUAGUUAAUGUAUUGAUCGUUCACUCCCCUGGUAGUUAAUGUAUUGAUCGUUCACUCCCCUGGUAGUUAAUGUAUUGAUCGUUCACUCCCCUGGUAGUUAAUGUAUUGAUCGUUCACUCCCCUGGUAGUUAAUGUGUUGAUCGUUCUCUCCCCUGGUAGUUAAUGUAUUGAUCGUUCACUCCCCUGGUAGUUAAUGUAUUGAUCGUUCACUCCCCUGGUAGUUAAUGUAUUGAUCGUUCACUCCCCUGGUAGUUAAUGUAUUGAUUGUUCUCUCCCCUGGUAGUUAAUGUAUUGAUCGUUCACUCCCCUGGUAGUUAAUGUAUUGAUCGUUCACUCCCCUGGUAGUUAAUGUAUUGAUCGUUCACUCCCCUGGUUAGAGGGGAACCAGCAGUGUUGAGGAUCUUCUGCACUUCUUUACAAGACCAACCAAUAAUCCCUGUCUUUUGUGAUGCUAGCAACUGGAGCUACUUACAGCUGGGAACUCACUGACCACAAACCUUGUGUUGGGUUGGAUUGUUUUCUUAAUAUACAGGUAGAACUGCCAAAAUAAAGGAAACACUAUACUUGAAGGCAGGUGCUUCCACACAGGUGUGGUUCCUGAGUUCAUUAAGCAAUUAACAUCCCAUCAUGCUUAGGGUCAUGUAUAAAAAUGUCCCAGUUGCCCAUUAUUUUGGCUACCAUGUCUAGAAGAAGAGAUGUCCAGUGGCUUAGAAAGAGGGGUCUGAAAGGAGCAUAGGGGGUUUGAAGGCUGUGUGUGUCAGUCAACAGAUGUCAGGCCGAGACACUGCGUUUUCUGCAUCAACAAAACACCAAAUGAUGUCAUUUCUCGUGGAAGAAUGGUGUCUCAUUCCUCCAAUAGAGUUCCAGACUCUAGUAGAAUCUCUGACGAGGUGCAUUGAACCUGUUCUGAUUGGUGGAGGCCCAACGCCCCCUAUUGAACCUGUUCUGAUUGGUGGAGGCCCAACGCCCCCUAUUGAACCUGUUCUGAUUGGUGGAGGCCCAACGCCCUAUUAGGACACUUGAUGUUUGUGUUUAUACUUUAUUUUGGCAGUUACCUGUAUAUUGUAAUGAAUUCAGGUGACUAUGCAGCUGCGGGGUUAUAUAGGCCUGUGUAGGGUUGGUGAUUUGGAUAAUCUAAUCCUGUGUAUGGUUGGGGAUUUGGAUAAUCUAAUCCUGUGUAGGGUUGGUGAUUUGGAUAAUCUAAUCCUGUGUAGGGUUGGUGAUUUGGAUAAUCUAAUCCUGUGUAGGGUUGGUGAUUUGGAUAAUCUAAUCCUGUGUAUGGUUGGGGAUUUGGAUAAUCUAAUCCUGUGUAGGGUUGGGGAUUUGGAUAAUCUAAUCCUGUGUAGGGUUGGUGAUUUGGAUAAUCUAAUCCUAGUACACGACCUAGUAGCAUCCAACAUUUUGGCGCUAAACAUUUUAUAUAUCCAAAUCUCAUCCUUCAUGGAGAGUUACUGAACUGAGUCAUUCACGUCAUCUUAAUCUGGGAUCCUUAAAUAGUUUUCCCCCCCCAGAGGGAGUCUGUGAUUGUGUCCUAAACGGCCACCUAUUCCCUAUCUAGUGAACUCUUUUUGACAAGGGGCCAUAGGACUUUUUGCCAAGAGUAGUGCGCUAAAUAGGGAAUAGGGUGCCAUUUGAGAAGCACUCUGUAUUAUAGCGAUAAACACUUGUUUUUCUUUUGCUUUCUGAGAACCAUAUUGAUUUGUUGUUAGUGUCAUAUGUGAUGUCAACUUGUUGUGCUGUUACCUAUAAAAAAAGGCUUGGCAUCAAUUCCAUUUAAAUUCAGUCAAUUCAGGAAGUUGACUGAAAUUCACUUUUAAAAUAGAAUCAUUUUGAGGAGAAUUGGAAUUUCAGUUUACUUCAAGAAUUGACUGAAUUGAAAUGGAAUUGACCCCCAACCCUGUACCUGAAUGAUAUCCACCUGUCCAAAUGUUGAGGACAAUUAAUACAUAUCUGUCUACUCACCUGUAACAAGUGUUAACUCAUCCUGUAGUAGGCAAUAAAUACAUUGGUUCAA